AUGGCGACCAUAACAUAUCUACUACUGUUUGUUAGUGUACUUGUUGGUGUCCAGGCUGAGGUUUGUUGGUACUGGGACGAUAUCCUAGAGGAAGAGGACAGCAUCAUCUGCUACUCUGGCUGUUGUGGCGAUGAGUGUUGCGAUGACUAUUGGUCCGACGGAAGUAUCGCCGGUGCAACAGUUGGUAGUAUCAUCGGUUUAGUUAUCCUCCUCUCCAUUUUCAUCACCAUCAUAAGGAUAUGCUGCCGUGCGAACCAGAGGAAUCCAAGAGUUUACAGGCGUCCUGUAACUACUCAAGUGGUCACUGUGGCCAGUACAAACACAUCGAAUAACAUGGUAGCCACACCCUAUAUGAAUUACCCUCAGCAAACACAGAUGACAAGUCCUGUUGCACCGCCAGCUUACGAACAGGUUGUUCAGGAUGGUGCUCGAGGCGGAAUUGUCAACCCCAGUUACCCCUACGGUCCUCCCAAAUACUGA